AGACCUCAGAGCAAGAGGCUGAAGAAGGAUUCCCAGGCAUCCUCCUCAGUUGGCAGCAGCGCUGCUGCAAAAGGCAAAGGUACAGAUAAUGGAGGGACUGCAUCUGGUGGCACAUCAGGAAUUCCUCCCAGCAAUCCUGCUGGGAAUUCCAAGUCAGCAGCAAGGAACCUAGGGUCCUCAGCGGGAGAGAAGGAGGAAGGAAAGAAGGUCAGGAGACAGUGGGAAUCAUGGAGCACAGAGGACAAAAAUACUUUCUUCGAAGGACUGUAUGAGCAUGGGAAGGACUUUGAGGCUAUCCAGAACAACAUUGCUCUGAAAUACAAGAAGAAGGGCAAACCAGCAAGCAUGGUGAAGAAUAAGGAACAGGUCCGCCACUUCUACUACCGCACAUGGCACAAGAUCUCCAAGUACAUUGACUUUGAUAAUGUGUUUUCUCAAGGGCUGAAAAAAUCCUCCCUGGAGCUUUAUGGCUUAAUCUGCUAUGGGGAACUGAGGAAAAAGAUUGGGGGAUGUAUGGAUGACAAGAAUGCAGUGAAACUCAACGAGCUCAUUCAAGCCGGGGCUACGACUGUUCGUUACAAAGGCAGAAACCUUCGUAUCAAAGCUCCAAUGUGCAGGGCUUUGAAGAAACUCUGUGAUCCAGAUGGUGUAAGUGAUGAAGAGGACCAGAAGCCAGUACGUCUGCCUCUCAAGGUCCCUGUGGAGUUGCAGCCACGAAAUAAUCAUGCGUGGGCACGAGUACAGAGUCUUGCCCAGAAUCCACGGCUUAGGAUGAUUGUGGAGUUGCAUCGGAAGGUCUCCAGCCUCAUUGAGUUCCUGAAGCAGAAGUGGGCUCUCCAUGAAGUGCGUAUUCGUAAAACACUAGAAGAACGGCAACUUCAAGACUCCAGAGACUCAGAAACAAGAGGCAGCUUCUCAGAGGAGAAAGUGAUGCUCCAUCUCUUUCCAGGAGAGAAUUGUACACUCACUCCCCUGCCUGGAGUAGCCAGAGUGGUCCACUCCAAGGCUUUCUGCACAGUGCAUUGGCAGGAAACUGGCAAAUGCAAACAAAACACAAAAGACUCUCACUUACUACCCCCUGCACAAAUCCUAGGCAUACAGAGUGGUCAGGGGACAGCAAGGGGACAGCUAAAAUACCCACGGGGAACAGAAGGUAAGGGUGUUGGAAGGGCAGAGAGCACUGUAGAGUCAAGCAGAAUCUCUCAGCCCAUAGCUGAACUUUCUGCAAGCACUGAAGAUGGGGCCUUGGAGCCUGGCCUGGUGGAAGGAACAACCUCGAAUCUUGGCAUCACUAAUUCUCUCCAAAAAAUGCCUUCUGGACUUCAAGAUCCAGGAGGGAACCAUGAAAAGCUGAGCUCAGUGGCCUUCUCUGUGGAGGGCAGGGAGGCCUUGGCGAGUGACCAAGCAACUGUGCUACCAUCGUGCAGCACAGCUUGUGCUUGCAGUAAGAUUCCUGAUGUGGAGGAACUCUCUCUGCUCGAUCCAUUUCCACGGUACAUGAAGUCCUGUCAGGACCUGAUCGUCCCAGAGAAAUGUGGGAGGAGCACAGAGACCUCUGACUCCUAUUCACAGCUACCAAGAGGUGGUGUGGCUUCACCCAGCAGUGGCGCAUCCAGAUAUGAAACUCAGGCUAGCCACAGCCAGGGCCAGCAGCUUGAUGCUUGUACCAAGGAUAUAACAGAUACAGUCAUGGAGGAUUCUCAAGAGAAGCUGGGCUCCUUGUUUCCACCUCCACCUCAGGGACAAUCUAGUACAAAGUCUCUCAAGGAUGACCCAAGCCGGCUCUCUCAACAGGUUAGAGAAGAAGGAUGGAGUCUACGAACUUCUGAGAGCCUUACACUGGCUGAAGUCUACCUCAUGAUGGGCAAACCGAACAAAUUGCAGCUGGAAUAUGACUGGUUGGCUGUCUUGGAGCCAGAAACCCAGGAUGCUAGGGAGCAAACAUCUGAAUCAAGUGCUGCUCCUGCAUGUCCCACUUUUCACAAGCAGAGACUCCUGAGCUGCCUUUUAAAACUCAUCUCAACUGAAGUCAAUCCCAAACCAAUGCCUGAGAUGAGCUCUAUUGCCACGUCACCUAUAAAGCCUGCUCAGGAGGAGCAGUCACUGACUCCUCCAGGGAAGGUGAUUGCCAUCAGCACCAGGAGUCCGGGUUGUGCACGAAAUCAGUCUGCCCUUCGCAACAACAAGACUUUCUCUCCUGGUGCUGCUUCCAGCUCCUCAGGUUUGAGAAACCUCCCUAGACCUCUCUUGGUGGCUGGUCCCUCAAGUUCUGGAAGCACUGAUGCUGACGGUGGACUCUUUGCAGUUCCUACGACUCUGCCACCCAACAGCCGCCAUGGGAAACUGUUCCUGCCCAGCAAAGAAGCAGAACUGACCUUUCGGCAGCACUUGGACACAAUCAGUAUGCAGUCGGACUUCUUCUUGCCAAAGCCAAGGAAGUUACGGAACAGGCACUUGCGGAAGCCGUUAGUAGUACAGAGAACGCUGCUGCCCAGGCCAUCUGGAAAUCCAUCCCAGCAUGUCUGUUCCUUUUCGAUCUUAUCCAACUCAUCCAUUACAGGGAGAGGUUCGUUUCGGCCAAUCCAGUCGUCACUGACGAAAGCUGCUGUUUCUCGUCCAAUUGUGCCCAAAGUUCUUCCAACACAGGCUACCAACCAUCUGUCCAGUGCUAUUGACUUGGCAGCUAAAAGUGCUGGUAUUAUUCCUGGGAGCCCUGUGCCUGUCCUGGACACAGAUGGUUUGUCAGGUGUGUCUCCACUGUCACCAGACGGAGUGGCCACAGUGGUGACAGGGCAAGAGUCAGCAGCGCAGCAGAACAGAGGCUCCAUCAACACUGUGGAGGGCUCAGGCCCUGGGUGUCGGGUUCCGUUCAUCAGCCUGCCCACACGGCAGGAGCAGGAGGCAGUUCCUGAUGGCUUCCAGGGCACAUCAGUCCUUUCUCUGUCAGAACUGUCCAAGACUUCCCUCCAGAAUGGUCUUUCCACCCCUCCACUUCCCUCAUCAGAGGCUUCCAGUACCCGUCUCUCUCCUCCCAAUGUUUCUGCUCUCUUGGAUAUUUCUCUGCCUGGACCACCUGAAGAUGUGCUUUCUCAAGGAGAACCUGCCACUCAAAUCAGUGACUCUAUCAUUGAAAUAGCUAUCAGCUCUGGUCAAUACAGUGAAGGUGUUUCUCUCUCUCCUGCGAAGCUGAAUGGCAGUGACAGCUCCAAAAGUCUUCCGUCCCCAUCAAGUAGUCCUCAGCAGAACUGGAUUGCGUCCCCCAGCCAUGAUCCCCAGUGGUACCCCAAUGACUCUACAGAUUCUUCUCUCAGCAGCUUGUUUUCAAGUUUCAUCUCCCCUGAGAAGGGACGAAAAAUGUUGCCAACUCCUGUUGGGACUGCCAGUGGCACCUCCUUACUGGGACCCAGCCUUCUGGAUGGAAACUCACGGGACUCUUUUGUGUCACGGUCUCUAGCAGAUGUAGCAGAGGUGGUGGAUUCCCAGUUGGCUUGCAUGAUGAAUGAGAACAGCAUAGAUUACAUAUCUCGUUUUAAUGACCUUGCCCAGGAACUCUCAAUACCUGAGCCAGCUCGCAGGGAAAUUCUGUUUGAUGGUGGUCCCCCAAUUGGGGAUCUCUCACAGUGAGUGUGUAAGACCAGCAGGCUGGUGUAGACUGUUCAGCUAAUGUUGGAGCUUGCAGCGCUGGAUCAUGGCAAGGGCAGGUUGUAGAGAAGCAGCUGAGGUUCACUUGUUCCUGUCUUGUAUGCUUCUUGCAAACAGAAGCAUUGUCUUCAGAGGUGUGAAGAAGUACUUGCAAGUCCUAGAAUGUGCAAUAUGUUGGGAACAGCAAAACAUGGAAUAGUGUUACAGGAAAUGGUGUGUCCCCUGCAUCAGUGAUACAAGAUGGCAGCUUUAUGGGGCAGUCCUGGACUUGUACUUCGGAAUGGCCUAAGCAAGAAGUUCAAGCAGGGAAUAGCAUUGCCAGGAGCUCCCCUACAUGAAUUAUUUUUUGCGUUGUACUCUAAAUACCAUGAUUUGGGAUCCACAUUGAAGCUGUGGAGGAUG